UUACUAACCAAGGGAUUUGCUAUAUAUCUUCUCUAUAUGGUGCAACUUUGACGGAUUUUAUUUUUAACAAAUAAGGUGCAUUCUUUUACGUGAUAAUUUUCAUGAUUACGUAUAUUUCAAGACAGCGGAUUGGUCACACAUAUUGGCUACUCAUAUUUCUUUAGCGAUUAAGAUUGCACGAUAAGCUUAAAUACUUCAAUAUACAGGUUUAUCUUACAAACUGUAUCGAUAAUUUAUUCAAUGGGAAGUUUAUUACAAUAUUUUCCUUCAAGUAAAUAUAUGCAGAGACAAAAAAGACUAUAUAAUCAUCCAAUUCCAGUGAUUUAAAGAUAUUUGCAAAAUAUAGCAAGGAUUAAUUUAAAAUAAAAAACCGCAAGAUUAAUAGUCAAGCUUGAAAGUUUCUGACACUUUAAAUAUCAUGGUGACAGUAACCUCUUAAUGCUAGUAUCAUAACAAAAUGAUAUUGUUUACUUGAUGAAUGUGAAUAGGCAUAAAGUCAAUAAAAAAUGCCUCAUCCGUGUGUUGUGUGUGGACGUUCGCGUAUGAAUCCAAAUAAUAAAGAAGAAGAAUAUAUGUUUUUUGGUUUUCCUGUUAAUGAUGAGGAACGAUGCAGAAAAUGGUUGGAAUUUUGUUGUCGUGAAGAUUUAUAUAAACUUACAAAGAAACAACUUCUGCAAAGAAUGGUAUGCUCUAAACAUUUUGAACAGAAAGAUUUUUUGAAUGAGUAUUACGAUAAAUUAAAUAGUACAGCAGUACCAUCAAUCUAUGAUCCAAAACAAAGCUUAUACAACAUUACAUGUGUAUUAUGUGGUCGAUAUCGUCGGGAUCCGCCAGAUUUAACUUAUGACGGAGCUACUUUUCAUCAUUUCCCAGGAGAAGAAUUUCGAUGCUUAAAAUGGCUUGAUUUUGUUGGUGUAGAUUCUUAUUAUAGAUUAACGAGAAAAGAAAUAUUAUUUUGUUAUAUUUGUUCAAAACAUUUUGAUCGUUCACAGUUUAUGCAAGGUUAUAAAAGUAGAUUAGUGGACAAUGCUGUCCCUAAUAUUCGUAAUCCUGACGAUGCAGAUUCAUCAGAAGAAUAUAUUCUAGGAUUAGAUACAGAAACAAAAGUGUAUAAUGCAAUAGAGAAGACAAAGAAAUUAGAUCCAUUUCCACCUGCUGUUCUAGAAAGUCAAGCUUGUGCUGCAUGUGGUAGAUCUAGAUCUGAUCCAAGAAAUAAAACUGAAAGGUAUAAAUUUCAUCCAUUUCCUGCUUAUGAGAUAGGAAGAUGUCUAAGAUGGUGCCAAUUCUUGGGUAGAGAGGAUUUAUUGAAAAUGUCUCCCAAUCAAAUACGGAAAUUAGUAUUAUGUUCAAAGCAUUUUCAAACGGGUCAAAGUUUUCAUAAAAUAGGUCCUUGCGAUGCAGUUCCAACAAUAAAGGAUGUUUCUUUAACAAAUUCUAUAAAUUCUAAUGAAAAUGCACAUGAUGAAGAGAUGACUGAAGAAAUAAAUGAGAACUCUGGUUUUAUUACAACUACUAAAGGAAUAAGAAAAUCAGGGUCUUCGACACCUCUAGUAUCUAGUAAAAAACCAAAGGUAGAUAAUAAGCCUACACCAUUAGCAAAGAAACGUGGCAAAUGUAGAAGGCCAACUGUAAUUAACAUUCCAAAGCCUGAUCCUAAUAAUAUAGAAAAUCUAAUGGUAAAAAAAUUACCUUUGCCUCCUACUUCAAAUUGGAAAUUUCAAUAUACAGAUCAAUAUCAGCCAAUAACAAUAACAAAUAAUAUUGCAUCUAAUAUCACUAAUACUAUUCCUGGUAGUAUAAAGAAAGUUAUUUUACCAUUUACUGGUGAUCUAUCUAGUUUGGGUAAUCCAAUACCAGUUCAUAGUUUGUCGAGCAUUCCUCCUGGUUUGUUAAUCAAAAUAAAUCUUCCUGAGCAAGAGAAACAAAAACCUGUAAAAACUGGUAGAAGGCAGAGUAAGAAAAAUUUACAAACAAAAAUGAAGAAUGGUCAAGUAAUUGCCACUAUACCAAUAAUUAAAGAAGAAGAACAAACUUCAGAUAAAAACCUUAUUGAAUUGCUAUCAGAUUCUCCAGAGCCUAUAGCAAGUACAUAUAAAACGAUAGAAUUAGAAGAACACGAUGAAGAUCAAGAACAAGACCAACAACAAGAUCAAGAUGAUCAGAAGCAUGGAGAAAUUAUGCUACCACAUGAUUUUGAAGUUUUAGAAGAUGAUGAAGAUGCCAUAAAUAUUAAAGAAAAUGAAUAUUUUGAGGAUUUCGAAGAGGUGGAAGCUUUACCUAUGAAACCACAGAAGAGAACUCGUAAUCGAAGAAAAAAAUUAACAAUGCGAAGAACUAUUUUUCCUAUACGAAGUGAAGUUAAAUAUUUUCUUCGUAAAGUUGCUCCUCACAUGCAUAAACUUCCUACGAAAGCAAGAGCACAGAUAAAACUUUCUAUUGUUAAUAUGGUGAUUGAUCACUUAUAAACAUAAUUCAUAAUACUAUUUUUCAAAAAAAAAAAAAUUGUACAUGAUAUAUACGAAGUUUAAGAUCUUUUUUGUAUCAGAAAAAUAUUAUUAUACUUAUAAUGUAAAGAAUAGGCAGAUAUUUACAGUUAUUGAAACUGACAAUUGUGUCAAUAUAAUUUAUGAAAUCUUAUUUUUAUGUAAAGACUUUGUAGCAAAUGUUACAAUAAGUACUAAUGGUUAAAACAUUUAGAAGAUUUAGGUAGAGUACAAAAUUUUUAUCAUUAAGCGCUAUGUUACUUUUCUAUAAAGGAAAAAAGCAAAAGCUGUAUUAAUUUGUUUUUAAAAUUGUUGCCAUUGAAAUCAUAUGUUAUGAUCCUCAUCAAAUUUAUAGUUAUGGAAAAUAAACUGCAGAAGCUACAUUUAAUUUAAAAUUCUACAAGUGUAUCAUAUAUAUAUAUAUAAAAUAUAUGUAGGGUUGGCUUGGCCCGGCGCGGCCGGGCUCUAUAUAUAUAUGUAUGUAUGUAUGUAUGAAUAUAUAUAUAUAUAUAUAUAUAUAUAUAUAUAUAUAUAAUAAGUUUUUUAAUUAACAGUAAUUAAAAUUUGUUGUAUUACUUUUUAACAUAUGUAUGUUUAUAAGAUAACAUAAUCUAAAACAAAAUAUAAGAUGAAAAUCAUUUAUGUAAAAAUAAUCUUCAAUUAUAAAUUGCAAUACUACUAUUAAAAUUUAGUUUUCUUAUGGGACAAAAUUUGUAAUAAGCAACAUAUUAAGUAAACAUGUUCAUUAUAUUAU